ACUGUUUUUUUGUUUUUUACUUCCUGUUUGCUUGUUAUCUAAGAAUAUAGUGUAUUGAUCGUAGUGUGUUAGUUGUAUUAUACUUUUAUCUUUGAGGAGGUGAUAAUGUCAGGAGGAACUCGACUAGAAAACGCCAAUCCUCUGAUAUUUCAGCGAUCGGGGGACAGACUCCUGACCGCCACUGAUGAAGAUGAGGAUGCAGCUGAUCCCAUCGAUGACAGGGAGAUCUUCGAUCUGAUCAGAUCGAUCAAUGACCCUGAGCACCCACUGUCCCUCGAAGAGCUCAAUGUCGUGGAACAAAUGCGUGUCAAUGUGAAUGAUGAGGAGAGCACUGUGUCUGUGGAGUUCACUCCGACCAUCCCACACUGCAGCAUGGCCACACUCAUUGGGCUGUCCCUCAAAGUCAAGCUCCUGCGCUCCCUUCCUGACAGAUUUAAGAUUGAUGUUCACAUCACGCCUGGCACACAUGCCUCAGAGGAUGCAGUCAAUAAGCAGCUUGCAGACAAAGAGAGAGUGGCAGCAGCUCUGGAGAACUCUCAGCUGCUGGAGGUGGUCAACCAGUGUCUGUCCACCAGAACCAUGUGAUCCGUGUCGUGUAGUCCUUGGACAGAUCAGGAUUGAACUCCUCCAGGCAAGCCAGAGUUGAGUGAUAAUUACAGCGUUAAUAUGUUUUGCUUUCUUUAUAUAUCUAGUGCUGUGCUCGACAAACAGCACCAGAUCAGGAGGACUGUUUAGUGCUUAUAAUGUAAGAGAUGCAUCCAAAUUGAGUUUAAAAAUGUGUCAGGAAAUGAAACAAUGGUAUUAGAGAAUUUAUGUGGAAACAGUAUUUUUCCUGUUUGACAGUACGUGGAUACAGAAAGAAACGUUACUCUGUAAUUAUGCCGUAUAUUUGUGAAUAUUUAUAAAAUGCCUUUACUUUUAGAAGGUUGUGGACUUUUCAAAGAAAAUUCAUGUUGGUCUAAAUUGAGAAAGUGUACAACAGAAAUAAUCUGCACUGCUGUGUUUUUUACAUCUUGUUUUUGCCAAUAAAAAAAUAUUGAAACAUGUGAAA